UUCAAUGGAAUGGUCAUCUAACUUUUAUUUGAAUCCGACUCGCGACAUAUCCCCGGCGAGGGAGUAGCGACCACCGCGAAGCCGAAAAUCAGUAAAGUGGGAAACAGCCAACAAACGCUCCAAAAGAGCGCCGCAUUCUGCCAGUCCCCAAGCCACGCUCUCUCUGCUAAUGGAGAACAUGCAGUACGCGGAGGAGCUGGUUCGGGAGUUCCUCGUCUUCCGAGGCUUCACCAACACUCUCCAAUCCUACGACUCUGAGCUCCGAACCGAUCUUGGAAAGGGCUUCCACGUCGAUAAGAUCCUCGACCUCAUCUUCUCCCUCUACGUUCCCAAAUUCCAAGCCGAUAGGCUCGUUGCCCUCCUCUCCUUCUUUAAGCACUACCUCUCCUCUUCUUCCGAAACCGCACUCGUUUCUACGCUCUCCAAAAUCCAAACUUCUCUUCUCCGCUUCUACGUCGUUCACGCCUUGCAAGCCAAUCGCAGGGACAGAGUCAUCGACUUCUUCGCUGUCCAUGGCAGUGACCUCUUGCAACGCUCACAGGAUUGGACUCGCUGGUUCGCGAUUCCUUAUGUUAAGAAUCCGAACCAGGAUCCUGAAUUUCGGGUUUAUUUCUCCAAGGAGUGGUAUGAGGCCUUGCAUCUUUCUGUCAGAAACUUCUUUAGCGAGAUAUUCAAUGGAACUCGGCUACCUGCACUGCUGAAGAUCAGUUCAGAGAUGAAUGCCACCAACGUACUCAAAAGAGAUAUCCUAAAUCUGAAUAUUAAAUUGGCAGAGCUUCAGGCUUUGCUUGAUGAGAAAGAGGCGAAGUUAUCUCACUAUAGGAGUAUGGAAGGAAGCAUUAGUUCAUUGAGCAAUUUGCGGGAGGAAAGUUCUCAGAUGUCAAGAGGUUUUCCAGAGGUUUCCCCAACUGCUGUUCCACGAGCAGUUCAAACAGAAAUUAACCAAGAUUCAGUUGUGAAUGGAGCUGCAAAUAUUCAGUCUGAGUAUGUCAUUUCCAAGUCAGGUGAUAAUUCAACUGGGGCAUUGAAUGAUCGUGUUGGAAAUGGUGGAUCAGGCGAUACCAUGCAAACAGUUCAUGAAAGUCCAAGUAUAGAAAUUAGUGGAGAAGUUUGUGGUGAAGAAGAUUUUCCUGAUGUCAAAGUAGAGCACCAGGAGACGUUCUUGGGGCAUACUAGUCCAAUCAGCCGAUGUUGCUUCUCUGCUUCCGGGAACAAUAUCGCUAGUGCUUCUCUAGAUGGAACUGUUAGAAUAUGGACAUAUGAUUCAUCAACUCCAGUGUCUAGAAAUGCAACCAUAUAUUGUGGCACGGAAAUUUUGUCUCUUGACUGGGAAUGUAAAUCUGACCGCUUGCUGUUAAUAGGUACAUCAGAUGGGUGUAUAAAGGCAUGGAAUGUAGAUGCAAAGAGAGUUGUUUGUGAUCUCAAUACAACUCAAGCAUUUCCAAGUGUCUUGGACAUAAAGUGCAGUCCCGUGGAACCUAUUUUUGUAUCUGCAGCAGCAUCUGGAGGUGCUGGUUCCAAUUAUUUUGACAACCUGGGUUUUGCUUCUCUCACUGUGUGGAACAUGAAGACGUGGAAACCCAUGACAGUCCUUCCUCUUGGAGAAGAUCCACCAGCUAUUACUUCUCUAUGCUUUAAUCACAAUGGAAAGAUUUUAGCUGCUUCUGCUGUUGAUGGAAUGAUCCACAUGUUUGACAUGUCUGCUGGCCUACAAAUUACUGGCUGGCCUGCACAUGAUUCUUCUAUCAGUUCUAUUCUUUUUGGACCGGAUGAGACUAGCAUUUUUAGCCUGGGCUCUGACAGGAAGAUUUUUGAGUGGAGUUUGCAAAAUCAAGGUCAAAUUCUAUGGUCAAGAGACUGCAGUAGGUUCUCUUACCCUCUGAAAGGUCCACAAUAUUGCAGACAUGAGAUGGCAUUAGAUGCAAGUGGGAGAAGACUCUUGGUAACGUCUAGUUCAGUUAGAGCCCCCAUAUACCAGGUUCAAGGUCAUUUAAAUGGUUGGAGAACACUUCCUCAUGGUGCUCCUAUUACUGCUGUGGAUUGGCAUCCUACCUCGCCCAUUUUCCUGACUGGAUCAGCUGAUAACUCUGUCCGAGUGACAUCUUUAUCAUAGCGUCACACGUUCCAUCUUACAGAGAUGUUAGAGGAUUGAAAACUCUUUUUAGUUUCGUAAUAAAGAAAACUCUUUUUAGUUUCGUAAUAAAAUCAUGAUGUGGACAAAAGAGGUUGGGUGAACCCUUCUUGCUUCUUUGACAAAGGAAUUGAAAGAGGUUUGGUGUUAUUGAUGAUGCUGGUUGUAAUUGCUUGAGCGAUGGUGGUUGAUUGUUGAUUACAUGGACUGAUUUGGCUAAGGAAAGUGAAAAAGAAGAGAGCUAAAGAAAACUGAAAGAAGCGCAAUUUGCAAUAUGUAAUGUGUAUUGUUUGUUGUGUAUAUUUAAGGUACUAGUAUUUAUAUUGCAAGCUAAGUAAGGAAAUUGCUAGUAUUUAUGGAGUUUGAAUGAACUU